GUCUGUAUCACGAUCUACACUGAACUGGAAUCAGCUUUCAGAAUGUAAAAUGAUUAUUCCACUGUGAAUGCUAGGACUACAAUUUUAUCAGCCCUCCAAAAAGAAUUCAUCAGCUUGUGAGAAAGCUGUGAGAUCCCAGUGUUCAAUAGUCAUUUCUUGGAAUUUCCAAGACGUGCGGUAGCAACAGAACCUGUGGUCUAAUUGGGCUCAACUCUUACGUUUUUCUCGGUUUGAGGUCGGAUCACUUGCAAGUGCACCCUACAUUCCAGGUGUGCAUGCAGCAAUGAGGAAUAGGGAGAGUGGAUUUCCAUAUCUGAUCAUCUGCUUCAUGCUGAUGAUCCUCUGGAAGACGAGGUCCGUUUCUGCUGAUGCUGCCACCAACGCCUUCAAGACCAACAUCACCCUGUUCACCCGCAUCCUGGACCGCCUCCUGGACGGCUAUGACAACCGCCUGCGUCCAGGACUGGGGGAUCGUGUGACAGAAGUGACGACCAACAUCUACGUCACCAGCUUUGGCCCCGUGUCAGACACAGAUAUGGAAUACACUAUCGACGUCUUCUUCCGGCAGAGCUGGAAAGAUGAAAGGUUGAAGUUUGAGGGACCAAUGAACAUUUUGCGACUGAACAAUUUGAUGGCCAGUAAGAUCUGGACUCCAGAUACAUUUUUCCACAACGGCAAGAAGUCAGUCGCCCACAACAUGACCAUGCCCAACAAGCUACUGAGGAUCCAAGAUGAUGGUACUCUGCUCUACACCAUGAGGUUAACAGUUCAUGCUGAGUGUCCCAUGCAUCUAGAAGAUUUCCCCAUGGACUUCCACUCCUGUCCCCUGAAGUUUGGCAGCUAUGCCUACACCAUGUCGGAGGUGACGUAUGCCUGGACCUACAACGCCUCAUCCUCCGUUGUGGUGGAGGAGGAGAGCUCCCGUCUCAACCAGUACGACCUGGUGGGGAAAACUGCAGGACAAGAAACCAUCAAGUCUAGCACAGGUGAAUACACGGUGAUGACUGCACACUUCCACCUGAAGAGGAAGAUCGGUUACUUUGUUAUCCAGACGUACCUGCCCUGCAUCAUGACUGUCAUCCUGUCUCAGGUCUCUUUCUGGCUCAACAGGGAGUCCGUCCCUGCCAGGACGGUGUUUGGGGUGACCACUGUGCUGACCAUGACCACCCUCAGCAUCAGCGCCCGGAACUCCCUCCCCAAGGUGGCCUACGCCACAGCCAUGGACUGGUUCAUCGCCGUCUGCUACGCCUUUGUGUUCUCCGCCCUCAUUGAGUUUGCCACCGUCAACUACUUCACCAAGCGCGGGUGGGCGUGGGACGGGAAGAGCAUUGUGAAUGACAAGAAAAAAGAGAAGGCAUCUGUCGUGAAGAAGAACAACGCGUAUGCCGUAGCAGUGGCCAACUAUGCACCCAACAUCACCAAGGACUCAGGCCUGCCCACCAUCGCCAAGGGCGGAGUGUCCGACCCUGGCAAGACCAAGGUGGAGGGCAAGGCCGCGGACAGCAAGAAAACGUUUAACAGCGUGAGUAAGAUUGACCGGAUGUCGAGGAUAAUGUUCCCUGUUCUGUUUGGAAGCUUUAACCUGGUCUACUGGGCCACCUACCUAAACAGAGAACCUGUCAUUAAGGAUAUGGUCCCAUCCAAUUAAAGACUCGACUCUGAAUUCGGGGACUAAGAGACAAACCAAAACCACCAGUAACUGUAGGCCUGAGCCGUACAGCCAGCCCACCCCUGGAUGCUUUGGGACCCUCUUUCUUCUCUUUUCUACACCAAUUUCUGCUUUUUAAAUAACUGCCUUUGUAAAUGUGUAUGUAUUUAUAUUUCUGAGUUAUGUGUGUUUGGUGGUAUAAUCUGUAAAUAGUAUUUAAAUCUGUGUGCUUUCUAUUUUCCAUUCACCCUAAGGUGUUGAGAA